AUGGCUAUAGUAUGUAGUGUAAAGCAGAUGGAAGCGAGUCAGCAACAAGGAUUUGGAGUUGAACAGAAGUCAGGACCAGAGCAAACAGAUGAGAUGCUAGCAUCACAGGUUAACCAAAAGUUCACGGAAAUGUGCCUAGACGACACUGCUGUGGAAGCUGGCAUUGUUCAAGAAAAGCAAGAUAAUCCAGAGGCAAGAUUGGAGGUUCAUGAAAAGUUUGCUGAAAUGUGCCUAGACACUGCUGUGGGAACUGAUAUUAACCAAGAAAAGCAAUCUGAUCAGGAGGCAAGAUCGGAGGCUGAUCAAAAGCCUGCAGAAACUAUCAGGCAGUGCACAGUUGUGGAAGCCAAUGUUAAGCCAGAAGAGCAGGCUGCUGCUAAUCCAGGUGUCAUUUACCGCUGCAAAAAGUGCCGGAGGAUGGUAGCAACACAAGAGUGCGUCGUCAUGCACGAAGUAGGCCUGGGAGAGGCAGGCUUCUUAAAGCGCAGAAACGAUGCGGGUGAGAAGAAGCCUGAAUGCAGUGCCUGCAUCUUCGUGGAGCCCAUGAAGUGGAUGCAGGCUGUGGAAGAGGGGUACGUUUCGAACAAGCUGUGGUGCAUGGGAUGCAAGACCCGGCUGGGAUCGUUCGACUGGGCAGGUAUGCAGUGCUGCUGCGGAGCGUGGGUGAUCCCGGCUUUCCAGCUGCUCAAAAGCAGGAUCGACGAGUCUCACAUGUGA